AUGCCAGUCAAAUCGCCCUUUGAGUCCUCGAUUGCGAAGCCCGGGCAGGGAAAAGUCGUCCUCUCACUGCUACCCCCUGCGAAUCCCUCCCUCAGCACGCUGACCUACAAAUACCCGCUCAAGCUCCUCACGCGCACCGGGGGUUUCGUGCCGCAGUCUACAUUACCCUCCGCCUUUCAACCUGUCCACCUCUACCUUCUUACAUACGGAGGAGGUCUCCUCCCGGGUGACCAGAUUGACGUCUCGAUAACCCUUGAGCCGCGUACUAGGCUCGUCGUCACGACGCCACAGGGCAGCACAAAGAUCUUCAAGACAGAAGCAUCCCCGGAGCGCACGCUUUCAGAUCAAAGUCGUCAGACUUUAGAGGUUCGCAUCGGACAAGAAGCCGCAUUGUGUUAUCUCCCCGAUCCUUCGGUGCCAUUCAAAGACAGUCGUUACGAGCAGGUCCAAACCUUCAUCGUCGAUAGUACAGCCAAGGGCUCCUCCCGAAGUAGUCUCUGCGUUCUGGACUGGGUAACGCAGGGCCGCACCUCGCGCGGCGAAAACUGGGACUUUCAUUUGUGGAAGGGAAAGAAUGAGAUAUGGCUGCAUGAUGAUCCCAUAUCAUCCCCAUCCCCUUCUAGCCAAAACAGCGAGGAGAAAGAGAAGAAGAAACUUCUUCUCCGGGACUCCCUGAUCCUUGACGAUGAAACCUCUACCUCAACUCCCGAAGCCACAAAUAACCCACCUAAAACUCUCAUCCGCGAACGCACAAGCCCACACGGCGUAAUUGGAACGCUGAUUCUCUAUGGGCCUGUAUUCGAAAAACUCUCAUCUUUCUUCGUAGACAAGUUCACCUCUCUCCCGCGCAUCGGGGCUCGGAACUGGUCUUCUUCUACGCCGGCCGCCGUGGAAGUGCCGCAGAACUUCGAUUCCCAGGUGACGUUUACUGCGGCAAGGGUGCGAGCAGGAUGUGUUCUUGUGAAAUUUGGGGCAGCGGAUUUCGAGACAGCGAAAGACUGGCUCGGCGGUAUCCUGAAGGAGGAGGGCAGUAUAGCGAGGGAAUUUGGAGAAGAUGCGCUGUUUUGUUUAUGA